AUGCCCCUCCCCUUUCGAGAUCAAGAACUCUCUUUGCCUAACAACAAGUCUGUUGCCUUGCGUCGUUUAGGUUCUUUGAUAAAGCGCUUUGACAAAGACAAAAAAUUUCGGUCUCAUUACUCCGAUUUCAUGCAGCGCCUUAUUGAUAAUGACCAUGCAGAAAAGAUUCCUAGCAGUGAAACAGAUGCUGACAGCGGUCGUGUAUGGUAUGUCCCACAUCAUGGGGUAUACCACCCCAAGAAACCCGAUAAAAUUCGCGUUGUCUUUGACUGUAGUGUUUCUUACCAAGGCCAUUGUCUUAAUUCAUACCUCCUUCAGGGUCCAGACCUAACCAACAAGCUUAUUGGUGUUUUAACUCGGUUCAGGAAGGAAAGGGUCGCCAUAAUGUGCGACAUCGAACAGAUGUUUAACCAGUUCCGUGUCAUCCCAGAACACAGAGACUUUCUAAGGUUUCUAUGGUGGAGUGGUGAGGACUACCAUAAACCCCCCGAAGAUUUUCGCAUGAAGGUACAUUUGUUCGGGGCAACAUCCUCCCCUGGCUGCGCCAACUUUGGCCUUAAACGACUGGCCUCUGAAAAUGAAGUAGAAUUUGGUAGUGAUGUCACUUCCUUUAUCCAUAGGGACUUUUAUGUCGAUGACGGGUUGAAAUCAUUUCCCACUGCGAAGGAAGCAGUAAGUUUGAUUGACAAGAGUAAAGAAUUGUGCAGUAAAGGCGGGCUAAGGUUGCAUAAGUUUGUGUCCAAUGACAAGGAUGUUAUUGCACAUUUUGACCCAUCAGAUAGGGCUAAGGAUUUGAAGGAUAUCAAUCUAUUGAGUGACAAAUUACCGAUAGAAAGAGCUCUUGGCAUUCAGUGGUGCACAGAGUCAGAUACCUUUCAGUUCAAAAUUGAGGCAAAUGAUCGACCACUAAACAGGCGUGGAAUCUUAUCUGCUGUAGGUUCAUUAUAUGACCCACUAGGCUUUAUCUCCCCUGUUGUUUUGAUUGCUAAACAAAUACUUCAGCAGCUUUGUUCAGACAAUCUGGGCUGGGACGACCCUCUACCAGACUAUCUAAGAGUGAAGUGGGAGAAAUGGCGGGCUAGUCUUGCGCAUUUAGAUACCUUAAGAAUAAAGAGGUGUUUGAAGCCUGAGGGGUUUGGUGAAGUGGUUUCGGCAGAGCUGCAUCACUUCUCCGAUGCAAGUUCCACAGGUUACGGUCAGUGCUCUUACAUACGGCUAGUAAAUGCAGAAGGGUCUGUGCACUGUUCAUUUCUCUUUGGCAAAUCCAGAGUGAUUCCAUUGAAGCCAAUAACUAUUCCACGUCUUGAGUUGUCUGCUGCUCUGUUGUCGAUAAGAGUUAGUCUACUUCUUGAGCAAGAGCUUGACCUUGAAUCUGUUAAGCAUUUCUACUGGACUGAUAGUCGAGUUGUGCUAGGUUAUAUUGCAAAUGAAUCGAAAAGAUUCCAUGUUUUCGUUGCCAACAGAAUUCAACAAAUUCGUGACCAUUCAGAAGUGUCUCAGUGGAAAUACGUGGAGUCUGCACAAAACCCGGCAGAUAUUGCAUCGCGUGGAGUCAAUCCUGAGGAGUUGACAAGCAAUUCUCCUUGGUUUGUUGGUCCAGAUUUUCUUUGGUCAGGUACUUUGCCAAAUGCAGAAAUUGAAGCUGAAGUACAUGCAGCUGACCCAGAAGUAAAAUGUGUUAAAACCCUCGCAACAGGUGUUAAGGAAAUUCAGUAUCCUUGCAUGAUCGAUCGCUUGAGUUAUUUCUCAGAUUGGCAUCGUGCAAAAAGGGCUUUCGCGUUGUGUCUCAGGUUUCGAGACAAACUGUUUCAGAAAUAUGUUCAUACUAGGAAUACACACAAUGACGAGAGACAGAAACAACAUUUUCAAUCUCUAUCUUUUUCCCAUUAUCAGUCUCCUUCUGUUUCGAAGUUGCAGGCUGCAGAACUACAAAUACUCAAACUCUUACAAUCUAUGCACUUUCAGCAUGAAAUUGCUACCCUGAAAAGGAAUAGUGUUCGAGGUUCUAGUGAUAGGAAUACUCUUAAAAAUCACCGCAAGAUUCUUAAGCGAGAGUCUCACUUGCUACGGCUAGAUCCUUUCCUAGAUCAAGACGGUAUCAUUAGGGUUGGUGGUCGAAUCAGACAGCUUGAUGUCCCUAGCAAUGUUAAACACCCAAUCAUUGUGCCAAAGGAGGUCACAUUACAGACCUAA